AUGGAGCCGUCAGAUGCGCCAGAUACGAGUAAUAAGGAAAGACAAGAGAGGACAGCGACACAUGAAUCGUAUACCUUCCAAGGUGCGAGAGGAUGGCGGAGAUGGCGCAUUCUACAACCUGGACGUGGCAUGUAUCACGAUGUCAAGCGCAGGUUACCGUACUACUGGAGUGAUAUCACCGAUGCCCUCACAUAUCGAGCCUUCGCCAGUACAGUUCGCAUGUACUUCGUCAAUGUAUUACCUGCCAUCGCUUUCACACUCGACAUGUACCGUCGAACUGGCGAGUUCUUCGGAAUCAACGAGGCUCUCUUCGCAUCAGCUUUAGCAGCUAUGGUCUUUAGUAUCUUCGCUUGCCAACCUCUCACCAUCGUCGGCGUGACUGGUCUAAUCGCCCUCUUCAACUACACCAUCUACGACAUUGUCACCCAAUACGAUCCCACUAUUUAUCCAGCUUUUACCGCAUGGGUUGGAAUAUGGGCUGCCAUCUUCCACUGGAUCGUGUCGUUUGGUAACUUCAGCGACUAUAUGGCUUACGUUACCGACUUCUCGAGUGAGACGUUCGGCAUGUAUGUAGGAAUCAUCUAUUGUAUCAAGGGUGUAGAAGAGCUUGUUUACCUCUUCGAAGUCUCCGAAUUCGACGGUGGCUAUCUUUCCAUCGUUAUCGCUAUUUGCUACUUUGCCUCCGUCUAUGGUCUCGAGAAACUCGGUGGGAGUACACUAUUCGGCCCAGGUAUCCGUAGUAUCCUCGCCGACUAUUCCUUCGUCUUUCCCACUCUGUUUUGGGUCGGUUUCUCACACAUUCCCGGACGUUUAGAGAAUACUGGGCUAUACCGAGUGCCCAUUACAGGCGCCUUUGAGCCGACGCAGAACAGGAAUUGGGUGAUUGACUUCUGGACUCUGGAUGUCAAGUGGGUAUUUGUGGCACUGCCAUUUGGAUUCUUGAUGAUGCUGUUGUUCUACUAUGAUCACAACGUGUCGUCCCUCACAGCACAGGCCCGUCAGUAUCCUCUCAAAAAGCCCGCCGGUUUCCACUGGGAUUUCUUUCUUCUUGGCUGCACAUGCUUUGUCGGUGGCAUUAUCGGUCUUCCUCUUCCCAAUGGUCUCGUACCACAAGCACCUGUGCAUACCGACUCUUUGACUGUUUACGAAACGAAACUCGAAAUCAUCAAAACCGAAGAUAGCGGUGAGAUACGCAAACCGUAUGUUGAAGCUACCGCCGUUGUUGAGCAGCGCGUUAGUCACUUCUUGAUGGGCAUGGCUAUUUGGGGUACCAUGACAGGUCCCUUGCUUACGGUCUUGCAUACGAUGCCCGCGGCCGUUUUCGCCGGUGUUUUCUUUGUCGUCGGUUGGGGUUCCAUUGAAUCCAACGGCAUCGUUGCCAAAGCCCUCUACCUCAUGUCCGAAAAGCGCUUCAUCCAACGUGAUAAUCCACUGAACACCGUUUCCCGCAAGAAGAUCGGACUUUUCAUUGGCAUCCAGAUUUUCGGUGUCGCAUGCACAGUCGCUAUUUCGCAAACCAUCGCCGCUAUUGGAUUCCCCGUACUCAUUAUCGCGCUUAUUCCGCUACGCACUUUCCUGAUGCUGAAAUGGUUCACAGCACACGAGCUGGAUGUUCUGGACGCUCUGACUGCAGACAACCCGUCAGUACUGGUGAGUUUUGGUGGAACGCCGAGCGGCAUGAAGGCUGGUGGCCCCAUGGAGGGUGGUUCUGGUGGUCCUCGGGAUGAGGAGGCACUCGCACAUCCACAUUCUGUCAAGCGUCAACGCGCGGGUAGUAUACAUCGAGAUGAUUAG